AUGUCUAUGUUUAUCAAAGGUUUGAAAUAUAUUCCACCAUGUCAAAGUCGAUUUUCAAAGCAAUCUAUUGAAGAUAUCGUCAAUGAGCAAUAUAAGACAUUACGUUCAGUUGCUCAAGGUUGUCUUGAUGAUUAUCAUGUACAUCUGAUAGAACCACGUCAGAAAGAGGGUUUUCCGUGUUUAAAACGUAUGCUUUAUGAUCUUCAAACAAAAAAAUUACCACAUAAACUAUAUAAACGUGUACAACAUGAACGAAAAAUAGUGCGAAAUAUAAUAAAAAUGUUACGUCAUCGACCUGAUAUUACUAUACGUCGAACGGACAAAAGCAAAGUAUUUUAUAUUGGGAAUGUGAGUAUGUUUGCUAAGAAAGCUUCAAAAUAUAUGAUCGAAACAGAAGCAUAUCAAGAGAUUAUGAAUGAAGGAUGUAUCUUAUCCGAAAAUCUGCAUUUAGUGGAUGUUCUUUUAAAAUCACUUUUGAAAAAUGGUGCUUUUACUCAAGAACAAUACAAAAGAAUGGCUCCAAGAGUAGAUUCAUUAGAAUUGGCUCAUCUUCAUUUCAUUCCCAAAACACAUAAAUCCGAUACACCCUUAAGACCCAUUGUAGCUGCUAUUCAUGCACCAGCAACUGAAAUCUCCAAAUUUCUUAAUGAUCUAUUAGCGCCUCUUUUUCUACGAGUUGCUCGGCAAACUACUUUUAUUAAUGGCAUCGAUCUUGUUCGAGCAUUAGAAAAAUAUGUCACCAAUGGUUAUUUAAAAUCAACCACUUUAUUUAUUACUUUUGAUGUGGAAAAUCUUUAUACCAUGAUACCUCGUCAAGGUGCUUUAGAAAUCUUAUUACAAUUUCUUGAGCAACAUUUACAUCAUAACAAAAUUGGUUCCAUACGCAUUGAUGAUAUUAUGAGAAUGGCACGUCUUGUAUUGGAUACGAAUAGCUUUGCUUAUGAACAUAAAUAUUAUCGACAAAUACGCGGUGGUGCGAUGGGUUCAGCCUUUACACAAAUACUAGCCAAUAUUUAUAUGUUAAAUUGGGAACAACAAUUCAUUAAAGAUCAACAAGAACAUCAAGAAAUUUAUGGAAGAUAUAUUGACGAUGUUUUUAUGACCACCAAUUCAACAUAUGAGGAAAUGAAAGCAAGAUUGGACAAUGCUCAUCGAAAGGAUCCUAAUAUUCGUAUUUCAUAUUGCAUUCAAUCUACUAUUGAUUUUCUCGAUGUCACUGUCAAUAAUGACAAUGGUCACUUGAAAACAUAUAUCUUCUAUAAAUCUGCCGCCGAACCUUAUAUACUGCCCUACACAUCAGAUCAUCCUAAACAUGUUUUUCGAAAUAUACCAUACGCUGCACUACUCAGAGCUGCACGCAUAUGCUCGAAUGUCGAAGAGUUUGAAACAGAACGAAUUCGUACCGAUUUAUCAUUGUUACUUAAUGAGUAUCCACCUUCAUUUAUCUCAAAACAUUUUGAUCGAUUUUUUGAACUCAACCAGGCAAGAGCCAUAUUGAAAAGACUCGAUGCCCAAGUAUACCACGAAUUGCACCAACGAUUACUUCAUAUGCCAACGCGAAGAGAAAAACAAAACCAAGAGACAAUAGAAAACGUCAAUGCUUUACCCGACGUACUACGGAAGAAGAACACUUGGGAUCCAAAUAUUUUAUAUGUAAAAUACUAUUAUGAAAGUGGGCCCAGGUUAUCUAUUCAGCACGAUUUUCGCCAAUGGUGGAAACAGCAUUUUGCUUAUGAAGGAUCUAAUGUAGAACAUGUUCAACUAAAAUUUGCCGUCAAAACCAAUUGCACAUUAGAAGACAUGUUUGUACACAAGAAGCCAUCACAACAAAUGCUCAAACGUAAACCUUCGAAUAUUAUGCAAGAAAUGGCUAUGACAUAG